GCGAGGCGACCAACGGCUCCCGAAGUUUAAAUAAAACCCGGUAGUGAACGACAGCGGUCACGGCACGCGGCGCGCGCUCUCGUAAUUAUCUCUUCAAUUGUUAGCUCUUUACUAAUAGUCUCUCAAGUCAAUUACGAAGCAACUAUCGAGUGUAGCUACCCCCACCUCAUUCCGUCGGCUAUCUCACGGGCAGGCGGGGACAAAACCGAAGCGGAGUUUGAAGUGGGUGCCCUGGAGUAGACAAAGACGAGGACGAGGAGGAGGAGGAGAGGUACGGGGAAGAUCGGCAGGUAGAGAGACGCACGGGCGAGGAGAUAGACACGCGGACUAGGCGUAGGUACACGGGCGAGAGCGGCGAAACGACGAAUCGAGUGGAGACCGAGGCGCGAACAGGCACGGCCAUGGCUGUAGUGUUACGGCCACAGCACGGAGCGGGGGGCGGGGGUGGCAAGUCGGCGGCGUUGCCACCCCCCGAGCUGGUGGUGAAGGAGAUCCCCGAACAGCUGUACGACCCGGGCACCAAGCGGCGAUACCAGCGAGGCCGCUUCCUGGGCAAGGGCGGCUUCGCCAAGUGCUACGAGAUGACGGACGUGGCCACGGGCGAGGUGUUCGCGGGCAAGAUCGUGUCCAAGACGGUGCUCAUGAAGCCCCACCAGAAGGAAAAGAUGAGCAUGGAGAUCACCAUCCACCGCUCGCUCGGCCACGCCAACGUGGUCAACUUCCACAGCUUCUUCGAGGACGACGACUUCGUCUACGUGAUCCUGGAGCUGUGCAGGCGACGGUCUCUGAUGGAGUUGCACAAGCGGCGCAAGGCACUGUCGGAGCCCGAGGCGCGCUACUUCCUGCGUCACGUGAUCCUGGGCUGCCAGUACCUGCACAUCAACAAGGUCAUCCACCGUGACCUCAAGCUGGGCAACCUCUUCCUCAAUGACGACAUGGAGGUCAAGAUCGGAGACUUUGGGCUGGCGACGCGGAUCGAGUACGAGGGCGAGCGCAAGAAGACUCUGUGCGGGACGCCCAACUACAUCGCCCCAGAGGUGCUCAUCAAGAAGGGGCACAGCUACGAGGUGGACAUCUGGUCCAUCGGGUGCAUCAUGUACACCCUGCUGGUGGGGAAGCCGCCGUUUGAGACGAGCUCGCUCAAGGACACGUACGCACGCAUCAAGCGCACCGAGUACACCAUCCCCAAGGCCGUGAGCGCCACGGCCACGACGCUCAUCGCCCGCAUGCUGCGCUCGGAGCCGCUGCUGCGGCCGUCCAUCGCGGAGCUGCUGCAGGACGAGUUCUUCACGUCGGGCUACCUGCCGGCGCGCCUCCCCACCACCUGCCUCUCGAUGGCGCCGCGCUUCUCGCUGGCACCGCAGCAGCUGCCCCCCGCCGUCUCCGCCAUCUCCGCCAUCUCCGGCGGCGGCGGCGGCGGCGUUGGCGUCGCUGGGACCGCCGCGAUGCAUCGCAAGCCGCUGCUGGAGAUCAACAAGGAAGACUCGGGGGCUCCACGCAAGGCUGAAGAGAAGAAGGAAGUGCUGCCGGGGCCCAGUGACGUGGCUGCGGACGUGGUGGGCAGCUCGGACUACUACCUCACGGACCUCUUCUCUCAGCUGAGCUGCCUGCUCGAGGCCAAGCCCUCGGAACGACUGCUCGUGCGCGAGGACGAGGCGGAAGACCCCGCCGCGGUCCCCGUGCUCUGGGUGAGCAAGUGGGUCGACUACUCGGACAAGUACGGCCUCGGCUACACGCUGUGCGACAACAGCGUGGGCGUGCUGUUCAACGACUCGACGCGCAUGCUGCUCUACCCGGACGGGGAGCAGAUCCAGUACAUCGAGCGCGACCUCACCGAGUCCUUCUUCUCCAUGCACUCGUACCCCACGGCGCUCACCAAGAAGGUGACCCUCACCAAGUACUUCCACAGCUACAUGAGCGAGCACCUGCUCAAGGCGGGCGCCAACAUCCCGACGCGCGAGGGCGACGAGCUUGCGCGCCUGCCGUACCUGCGCACGUGGUUCCGCACGCGGUCCGCCAUCGUGCUGCACCUCUCCAACGGCACGCUGCAGAUCAACUUCUUCAAGGACCACGCCAAGAUCAUGCUGUGCCCGCUGAUGGGCGCCGUCACGUACAUCGACGAGAAGCGCAACGCCCGCACGCUGCGGCUGGCGCUGCUCGCCGAGCACGGCUGCAGCGCCGACCUCAUGAGCCGCCUGCGCUACGCUCGCUCCAUGGCCGAGAAGAUGCUGAGCAGCCGGUCGGGCUCCGUGCGCGGGAAGAUCGCCGCGCCCUGAGCCACGUGCCGGGAGGAGGGGUCGUCACCCCCCCCCCUCGCCCUCGGUGUGCUGUGCAGGAGACUCGGUGGGUGGCGUGCGAGAGUGGGGGGCCCCCCCCCCGUGUGGUGACCGUAGGGGGUUUGUGGUGUGUUUUUUUUAGUUGUCGUUGUUUUUUUUGUCGAAAGUGAUCUCUUCUUUUAUCACUCUUUUAAAAAUUGUGCACGGGGGGGGGGGGAGUGGUGCUGUGGGGCCUCUAGCGGCACAACCGGUGGGCCACCGUCGCAUGCGGUUUUGUACAUAGGGCUGCGGAGGGAGCGCUGUACAGGCGUGUGCGUGUUUGAGCGUGUGUCUGUGUGCGCAUGCGCAGCUGUUAUUACUUCUCCCCAGCAGCCCCUCUGCAUGAGCUGCGGCUGCUGCGGCUGCUCUUCUCUCAAUUUCCCUCAACGAAUUUUCUCUAUCUCGCUGUCGCCACGUUGACGGACAUUUAAUAAUAAAGAGUUUACAUUUUCUUG